AUGCCUGUUGCCGUGGGAGACGGUGGGAUAUGGCAGAGCAUUAUGGGAUGUGUGGUGUUUGCCGACUGGACCCUGUGGACUGGACCCUGUGGAGACUGGACCCUGUGGACUGGACCCUGUGGAGACUGGACCCUGUGGACUGAACCCUGUGGAGACUGGACCCUGUGGACUGGACCCUGUGGACUGAACCCUGUGGAGACUGGACCCUGUGGAGACUGGACCCUGUGGACUGGACCCUGUGGAGACUGGACCCUGUGGACUGGUCCAUGUGGAGACUGGACUGGACCCUGUGGACUGGACCCUGUGGAAACUGGACCCUGUGGAGACUGGACCCUGUGGAGACUGGACCCUGUGGAGACUGGACCCUGUGGACUGGACCCUGUGGAGAAUGGACCCUGUGUAGACUGGACCCCGUGGAGACUGGACCCUGUGAACUGGACCCUGUGGAGACUUGACCCUGUGGACUGGACCCUGUGGAGACUGGACCCUGCGGAGACUGGACCCUGUGGAGACUUGACCCUGUGGAGACUGGACCCUGUGGACUGGACCCUGUGGACUGGACCCUGUGGAGACUGGACCCUGUGGAGACUGGACCCUGUGGACUGGUCCAUGUGGAGACUGGACUGGACCCUGUGGACUGGACCCUGUGGAAACUGGACCCUGUGGAGACUGGACCCUGUGGAGACUGGACCCUGUGGAGACUGGACCCUGUGGACUGGACCCUGUGGAGAAUGGACCCUGUGUAGACUGGACCCCGUGGAGACUGGACCCUGUGAACUGGACCCUACUGGACCCUGUGGACUGGACCCUGUGGACUGGACCCUGUGGAGACUGGACCCUGUGGAGACUGGACCCUGUGGACUGGACCCUGUGGAGCCUGGACCCUGUGGACUGGACCCUGUGGACUGGACCCUGUGGAGACUGGACCCUGUGUUUCUAUCUUAUGAAGUUUAUGAAAUGAUCGAUCACGGUGUGACGGUUCUGCCGCUCAUCUCAUGCGUCCAAACCAAACGCGAUGACGACGGCGGAUCUAAAAAUACUCAGUGGUCGUGUGUUGGCGCCGUGUCGCUGCCUCCAUCUGCGAGAAACACGUCUGAAAACUCCAGAGAAGCACUCAAACUGCAGCCAUUAAAGAAACGGCAGGAGAGAGGCUCGGUUGGGUCCCAGGCGUUUGACAGCUGCUCAGAGGGUGGGGCAGGUCUGGAUGGCGGCUCCGUGGAGGACGGCGGUGGUGGUGGAGCAGUCUAA